UCGAGAUAGUCUCGCUCGCACCCGUCGACUACCAAGCCGGGCUCCGGGAUCUCACGCUACCCCGUCUCUCAGCCGCCUCGGGAAGCAAGGAACGGAGAGCGAUCGCUAGCCCCCUCCGAAGCCCACCCCCGGAAAUCCGCUCUAUGGAACGCAGUGCCCCCGAGUACUCGCAGUCAGGUUUGCCUUCGCCCUAUCCCAGCAACGUCGGCGACGCCCAGUCUGAGGCCUCUUCUGUAGAUCACCCAUCUGCUGCGUCGUACGGCGGCCAGCAGGAGGUGCGAUCGGCCAGCUACUCCGCCUCGGCUACUCCCACCUCGGAUUACAGCGGGCUUCCAAGCUCUGCGCGGUCCAGUUCUUUUCCAGAACACCCCAUACAGCGUGCAUACCACUCCGCCAGCAAUCACAGCGCCAGCACUGCCAUGGCGCAAACACCAACAAGUCCGUCCCUGCCUUUGCCAGCUGAAGGCAGUAAUCAAGAUGCUCGGCAGGUCAAGUCUGACAGCAAUGUACCUAUAGAUCCGUCCAUUGCUACCGCGAGCCCGACCUAUCCUCACGGACAAUACUCGCCCUAUGCACCUCCCCCUCAAGACAUGUCCCACGGCUAUCAGCAUGCCGGAGGCAGCCUGUAUGCUCAGCCUCGCCCGGACUGGGGCAGUUACACCGGGUCGCCCGCAGCUCCCAUUACCCCCAGCCACCACGUCUUCCCUCAGACUCCUACGCAGGGACGGCCGAAUCAGGUAUACUCGUUCGUUCCGAUUCCCGGCGCUCAGCAGCACAAGAGGCCGAGGAGAAGAUAUGAAGAGAUUGAGCGCAUGUACAAGUGCGGUUGGAAUGGAUGCGAGAAAGCUUAUGGCACCCUGAACCAUCUCAAUGCUCAUGUGACCAUGCAGGCUCACGGGGCAAAACGGACUCCAGAAGAGUUCAAGGAAAUCCGCAAAGAAUGGAAGGCGCGCAAGAAGGAGGAAGAGGCUGCUCGCAAGGCUGAGGAGGAGCGUCAGCGCCAGGCCGCCUCAGCUGCCGGGCAAAACGGUGGCACGGAAUCUCAAGCCCCUGCCGAUGCAGCUCAACCGCCAACCACGUAUGCGGCACAACGUGCUGUUCAGUUACCACCGAUCGGGUACCAAAGCACCCAAUAUGCUCCGGGUCCCCCUGGCGGCAUGCAGCAGUCGUUGCCCGAAUACAGCUACUCAAACUACGCGCCGGCAUCGCCGUACCCGCCUAACCAGCAGAUGUAUGGCCAGCACAACGGCAGUAGCCAACCCAGUCAUUAGGCCCGUACCCGGCCUCCCUUGGGCUCCUCUACGAUAUCUGGAGCGAGCGGAAGGGAAUAGCCGAGGCGGCUGAACGGGGCUGUAUUGUAUUCGGAAUAGACGGCUGAUGAGAGCACUGCACGCGAGGCACCAAACCGAUGGGGGCAUUGCAAACCGAUGGGGGCAUUGGGAUGGAUCGACCUUUGACU